AUGAAAAUAAGGAUUAUUCUUCAUAUAGUACUUAGCAUUUUCAUAAUUGUUUAAAUGAUCAGACAUUCAUAAACAACUCAAAAAAAUCCAGGUAUUACCCCAGAAGUAUUUCAGAAUUCUAGUGUCGUAGAAAACAACAGCACGAAUUGCAAGAAGAUGAUAAAAUUCUAUGAUAAAUAGUUAAUGAUUUAAAAGCUGUCAUAUCCUGAAAAUGUUAGUGUCGAAAUACAUCAAUCAUCAGUAUCACUUAAUUGUUUAUUUAGAGUUUUCAUAUUAAUCCAAAAAUUCUGAUUGAUGAAGCUCAAUUUUCAAUUACCAUGAAUGGAGAUUUUUAUCAGCUCCACCAAACAGAGAGUCUUAAAAUAAAGUUUACCCAACCUCAGAUUAUUAAUUUGUUUCUAAUCCACAUCAAAGUGAGCUAAUUUGAUUACUAAAAUUUUUAUAAUAGUGAAAUUGAUGAAUUAUAAGUGAGAAGAAUUAAAAUAUUUGGAAUAUACAAAAACUAGGAAUUCUUGUUACUUAACAAGUAGAUCUUCAAAAGAAACGAUAGAGACAUAUACUUUAAAAGUUCAAAUAGUAGAAAAUAUCUAAAGGUGUAUAUAGUCUGUAAAAUGUCAUUAUGUGAAAAUGCAUAUCGAAGUUAUAGAAUGCAAUUUAUAAGUCAGACUCAAUAAACCCACAUCUACCCAGUUACUUUAUAUUAAAUAAAUGAUAUUGAACUGUUAUAAUUUGGUAGUGUUAUAAUAUGA